AGUCAAUAACGCUUAGCAAUCCCAAGAGAAAUAGGGUGUUUUCUUCCCGAGAGAGUACUGCUAAGAGGGGGUCAAAGGGAGACGAUGUGAAAGAACCCGAGGUCCUUGAGAAGGCAAAGAAGUAAGAAAGGGACGGAGAUACUGGGACAGGGAAGAAAAAUUGAGAAUAGUAGCUUUUAAGGAGUCAUUUGGUGGCCAUGGAUCCAACGUGCCCUUCUGAGUGCAUUUAUAACCUCAUACCCAGUGACUUGAAGGAACCUCCCCAGCCUCCUAGGUACAUAUCAAUUUUUAAGGCAACUGUAAAAGAUGACAUGCAAAAAACUAAAACUGCGAUGAAAACGAUGGGACCAGCAAAAGUUGAAGUACCUUCUCCAAAGGAUUUCCUAAAGAAACAUUCAAAGGAAAAACCUCUACCACCCAUAAAAAAGUUUGAUCGGAACGUGCCCAAAAAGCCUGCUGUGCCAUUGAGGACUGAUCAUCCUGUCAUGGGAAUACAGAGUGAAAAAAAUUUUAUAAAUACAAAUGCAGCCGAUGUCAUCAUGGGAGUGGCUAAAAAGCCUAAACCAAUUUAUGUUGAUAAAAGAACUGGAGACAAGCAUGAUCUUGAGCCUUCAGGACUAGUUCCAAAGUACAUCAAUAAAAAGGAUUAUGGUGUCACACCUGAAUACAUAUGUAAGCGAAACGAGGAAAUAAAGAAAGCCCAAGAAGAAUAUGAUCAUUAUAUCCAGGAAAACCUUAAGAAAGCAGCUAUGAAAAGGGUCUCUGAUGAAGAAAGGGAGGCAAUUCUGCAGGGGCUGAAAAAGAACUGGGAAGAGGUGCAUAAAGAAUUCCAGUCCCUCUCAGUCUUUAUAGAUUCCAUACCAAAGAAGAUUCGCAAGCAGAGGCUGGAAGAGGAAAUGAAGCAACUGGAACACUACAUUGGUGUCAUUGAAAAGCACAAAAUUAUUUAUAUUGCCAAUAAUGCCUGAUCCAAACAGCACAACUUUGAAAAGUGUUAAGUAUGUUGAACUGGAAAUAGUAACAUGUGCCUUCUUACUGCUCUAAAGUGUCUCCAACCCAUUGUUUCUGAGCUCUACAAAUGCAAAAGAUGUAUUUUCUGGUGGCCCAUGGCAUUUGUAGUUAUUCCCAAUGAUAAAUAUUUUCGGUAUUUAUAACGCUGUAUAUGAUGAAUGGCUUCUAUUUGUAGGAAGAAAAAUUAAGAAGACAACUUACAAAAUCAAGAGGACGACUUGUAAAAGGCAUCACUGAGUCUGUGAUGGAGAACAGCCUCCCUUCUGGCAUAGCAACUUCGCUACUCUUGUUUUAUUCCACAGCUCACUAUGCAAAUCUUAUUUAGAUAUGUAUUUGUUUCUUUUGAUCCUUUCUACUUAUCUAUUUUGUGAAUUCUAAUUCUAAUCACUUGUAAGAUUACAUAAUCUAUUAAACAGUAAGUUUAUGUUGGUAGAGCUGUUUUCAUCGCAACUAAGAAAAAUAGCUUAAAUAUCUAAGAGAAAAAGGUUAUUUUUUAAGUUUUAAAUUAGAAAAAUUUGGUAAAAUAUAUGCAACCAUAAAAUAGCAGAUAAAUAACAAUUUCUACUGCUUACACUGGUUUUUAUCCUCUGGACAACAUAAUAAACAAAAUAUGAGAGUCUUUCAAGCUUUUUUUCACACAGGAUUUGGGAGCCUUAUAGAAAAACUUAUUUUGGUUAAAGAAAAAUAGUUUAUAUACAAUUAUUUUUUGAAAAUUCACUUGAAACUUGUCUGUAUGAGUCUGUUUUUUUAUUCCUUUAUUAACUUAGGGCAGAUAUAAAAUAAAGGAUAAUAUGUGAUAAAUUCUUACUUAUCAAGAAUGGUUGGUUGCUAUUUAGGGUAGGCUAACAGCUAUGACAAUACACUCCAAAAUGUAUAAUUACAUAAACAGAAAUUCAGUUUUUGCUGACAUAACUGUAUUUUGCUGUGAGCAGGUCAGGAGCAACCCUUUUCUGGAUUCACUCAGGGACCCAGACUUACAGAGUGGGUAGCCUGCAUCUGAUCCAGAGUUAGGGAGAGCCACGUACAGGCCAGGCCUAGAAAUGGUGCAUAUCAUUCCUGCUUGCAUCACUAAGUAAGCAACUUAAGUUGCUUUAACAAACUAACUCCAGAUCUUGGUUGCCUGAUACAGAUACAUUUUUCAUUUACAUUACUGUGCAAUGUGACAAAGGGUGGAGGUACAACUCUCUUCCAUGCAGUCACUCAGGGACCCAGUCUCUUUUUGUCUGGUGGCUCUAUUGUUCCAGCCAGCCUUUCGCUGACAGUUCAGGAUGAGAUGUUUAGGUUAGCAUUUUAUUUGUGAGACGAUUGCUCUGCAUGUGCAUUUUUAAAUAAUUCAAAAUCAGUAGCAAUGCACAAAUAUUCUAAUUACUUCAGCCUUAUGGAUAUUAUGCUUUGAAGUCAUCAGUGGGAGUUGCCUUAAAUGUUAAAAAGAAAACUUUGUGGUUUUAACAGAUUAUUCUUCUUUUGCUUUCUGUAAAAGUCUACUAAAGAAUUUAGACUUUUCUCCAUGGCCCACAGUGUUGUCCUAGAUGGACUUCAUUGCCUUUCUUUCAUACAGCCUUCAGAGGGAAACAUUCCCAUCCAUUGAUCCUGGGAGGGUGAUUCCUACCAUGGAAUCCCAACCUCGGAUACAGUGAGUGCAACCUCCCCUAAUCCAUAUACACACAUACCUGGGUCAUCCUAUCAGCCAGAAGAGGGACAAACACCUGACUUGGACAGCUGGCCAGUGACUGAUCAGAUUCUCUCUCUUGAGAGCAUGAAUUAAGAGACAUACAGACUGCAGUCACUUGGGAGUGGACACUUGAAACUAAAAGGUCAAACUUCAUUACACAGCUAGUUUGACUUGUUUUCUCUUUCUGUUCAAAGAAGAAUGGGUAGAAUAAAGAUUUGAUGUGGCCUGGACCCUUGCCUAUGAUCCUUUUAGCUUCAUUUCUUGAAACGCUGUUUGUUCCCUACCCACUGUAACUGACAUUCCCAUAGAACUGAGUACUAGAGACCUUUCAGAUCUGCACACAUGGUUCCCUCCACCCAGAAAACUGCCCUUUUUUUCUCUCAUCCUGUAUAACUACCUGGCAAAUCCCUAGUCUUCAUCAGCUCACAUCACAUUUCCAUGACAAUCCUCUUUGAUUCCUCAGAUUCUGACCAUCCUUUAAUAGCACUGGUCAUAUGGUAUCGUGCAUAUCUGGUAUUUGCCUGUUUUCCAUGAAAUUGCAAGCUUAUGAGGAAAAGGUACUGUGUAUUUUUUUAUCUGCAUUCCCUAGAAUCUGCAAAACAGUUGGUACAGAGAAGGUACCAAAAAUAAUCCUUAAUGAAUACAGUAAUGAACUGUACCC